GACACCAGGAAGUGAUAGUCAGUACGUGGCCUUCUCAUCUUGGACCAUAGAGGCAAGAACAACGCUUCAUUACAAAAUGGAACUCGAGGCCAUGACCAGAUACACCAGCCCGGUAAACCCGGCUGUGUUCCCCCACCUCACUGUGGUCCUGCUGGCCAUCGGCAUGUUCUUCACCGCCUGGUUCUUCGUCUAUGAGGUGACUUCAACAAAAUACACCAGGGACGUCUACAAAGAGCUGCUGAUCUCCCUUGUGGCUUCACUUUUCAUGGGCUUUGGUGUGCUGUUCUUGCUACUUUGGGUCGGCAUCUAUGUAUGAAGUUUCGGGUGACUGACUUACAAUAACGUGACACAUUCCAGUGGAACGAAGGACAUUACAGACAACACAAACUGCAUUUUGGAUUUAAUUGGACUGCACUGACCAUAUUCUGGGAUCAUAUGGACUCUGGUUUUGUUUUCACAAGUAAAGGGGAUUUGUACAA